AUGUGCCGCUGCCCGCCGGAGCACCAUGACGGCAGGAUGACCUCUGCCGAGGAAGUGGCGGUGGCUGGCGGCGCUCGGUGGGCCGGGUCCGCCGAGUGGCCCCCUGACACCCCGCAGGCCCUUCGGCGGCCUGGCCGGGCCCGGGUGGCCGUGGCUGCGUUGGUGUGGCUGCUGGCGGGAGCCAGUAUGUCGAGCCUCAACAAGUGGAUUUUCACGGUGCACGGCUUCGGGCGGCCCCUGCUGCUGUCGGCGCUGCACAUGCUGGCGGCCGCACUGGCCUGCCACCGGGGGGCGCGGCGCCCCUUGCCCGGGCCGACCCGCCGCCAGGUGCUGCUGCUCAGCCUCACCUUCGGCGUCUCAAUGGCUUGCGGCAACGUGGGCCUGAGCGCCGUGCCCCUGGACCUGGCACAGCUGGCCACAACCACCACGCCGCUCAUCACGCUGGCCCUGUCCGCGCUGCUGCUCGGCCGGCGCCACCACCCGCUGCAGUUUGCGGCCAUGGGCCCGCUCUGCCUGGGGGCCGCCUGCAGCCUGGCCGGAGAGCUCCGGACGCCCCCGGCUGGCUGCGGUUUCCUGCUGGCGGCCACCUGCCUCCGUGGCCUCAAGUCCAUUCAGCAGAGUGCCCUGCUGCAGGAAGAGCGGCUGGACGCGGUGACCCUGCUCUACGCCACCUCGCUGCCCAGCUUCUGCCUGCUGGCUGGCGCCGCCCUGGUGCUGGAGGCCGGCGUGGCGCCGCCACCCGCCCCUGCCGACUCCCGCCUCUGGGCCUGCGUCCUGCUCAGCUGCCUCCUGUCCGUGCUCUACAACCUGGCCAGCUUCUCCCUGCUGGCCCUCACCUCAGCCCUCACGGUCCACGUCCUGGGCAACCUCACCGUCGUGGGCAACCUCGUCCUGUCCCGGCUGCUGUUCGGCAGCCGCCUCAGCGCCCUCAGCUACCUGGGUGUGGCGCUCACGCUUUCUGGAAUGUUCCUUUACCACAACUGCGAGUUCGUGGCCUCCUGGGCUACCCGCCGGGGCUUCCGGCAGAGGGAACAGCCUGGCAAGGGUCUCUGA